CGCCCUUAGUCACAUGAUAUGACGAACGUUACCCACGACCCUGGGGUAUAGGGAACUCGUCAGGAUUCCUCCUCGUGCACACUCACUCCAAUACCAAUACCGGUGAUCAGGUCUUGAAGUGUCCCGACCACGAUGUGGUGGUUAGAUCCGGGCAAGGACGUCUUGAAUGUGGUGUUUAACAGGAUCCUCGCCCCAUAUGUCGAAAACCUGGAUAUGAACCAAGUGAAUUAUGGAAUAGCGCAAGGUCAGCUGACGCUGCGCAAUCUGCGUUUGAAGAGAGGCGCAUUGGAUAAGUUCAGAUUGCCUGUGGAUGUUUUAGAAGGUUACUUGGGCACAUUUACUCUCUCCCUGUAUUGGAUGAAUUUGGGGAACAGACCCGUGGAGAUAUUGAUAGAAGACGUUUACCUUCUUGUUGUGCCUUCCUCUCAAAAUGACAUUGAUCCUGAGGAAGAAGAGGAACGUCUCCAGGCAGCAAAACAAGAGCGGCUAAGAAAUGCCGAGUUGUUGCAUGUGAAGAGCCAAACAGAUGCUACUCCCGACAGAUCUUCUCAAUCCCUCUGGGACUCCCUAACAGCCAAAAUUGUUAACAAUCUGCAAGUGACAGUCAAAAAUAUCCACGUGCGGUAUGAAGACAAAAUGAGUGUCCCUGGUCAUCCGUUCUCUGCCGGUGCGACAUUGGCCAGUUUCAGUGUUAGGUCUGUCAAUGAGAAAUGGGAACCCGCAUUUAUUGAGAGUACAGCUGGCGCAAUCCAUAAAUUGGCGAAUCUUUCGUCGUUGGCCGUGUACUUCGACACUGACUCCCAAAGUAUGGCCAAUCUCUCGUUGCAUGAGGUGCAAGGAAAAUUAGAGUCUAUGAUAUCACUAAACAACAUGGGCCCUUCACAUCAGUUCAUCUUAAGUCCAGUCUCUGGAGAAGGCAGAAUUGUGCUUAAUCAUGGAGUGAACAACAAAACUCCCCACUACGAUGUCCGCCUGCUCUUCGAUGAGAUUGGGCUAUCUUUGGACGAGGAGCAGUACCACGAUACUCUAUCGCUGGUGGAUAUGUACCAAGUUUACCUCAGACAACGUCAAUACCGAAAAUAUCGACCGAGUGGCGAGGAAAUUGCAAGGAACCGCGGGAGAGCUUACUUGAAGUUUGCUAUUAAUGCCAUUUUGAACGAAGUGCGCGAACGCCACUGGAAAUGGAACUGGGCUUACUUCUCCGAGCGCCGAGACGAUCGCAAUAAAUACGUUGAACUCUUCAAAAGGAAGGUCAUGAAUACACUGCGGGAACCCGAAGCUCUCGUGUUGCAAACCCUGGAAACGAAGCUUUCUUACGAGGACAUUCGUUUCUACAGAUCUAUAGCUCGAUCUCAGUUACGAAAAGACGCUGCACAAAGAAAGAAGCUAGAAGAAGAGCGUGCGCGCCAACAACAACAAUCACGGGGCUGGACAUCUUGGCUUUGGGGAGCAUCCUCGGAAGACCGGCCUACAGAGGACGCCGUGUUCAGCGGCAACAUGACGGAUGAGCAACGAAGACAACUUUAUGAAGCCUUGGACUAUGAUGAAAGAUCGGCUAUUGCGGAAUCCUUCGAAGUGCCACGAGAUGCGUUGUUGUUACACGUUGCAGCGGAACUGAAGAAAGGCUUGUUUGCCUUGAAAACGGAACCUAGAAGGAAUGCGGAGGACGUCAUUUCGACGAAUUUUGAUUCAUUCCGUGCUGAUUUUGUCCAGCGACCGGACAACUUCGAGAUCUCAAUCUCCUUGGGUGGCUUCAGCGUUUACGAUGGUACGACUGCGAACACUGCUCACCCCCAAAUCGUCCAGGUCAAAAACCCUGAUUCAAAGAAAGUCAAACCUCGAGGAUACGGCGAGCCUGAUGACCCCUUCUUUUUCCUCAAAUUCGAAAGCAAUCCCCUUGAUCAGCGUGCAGAUACAGCUCUUACAGCUCGCAUGCGUCAUAUGGAAAUUAUAUAUCACAGGGGUUACAUUGAAGCGAUCACCAAGUUUUUGAGGCCGCCUAAGAGUCAGUUAGGAUCAGUAGAGGCGUUGCUAAACGUGGCCAGCCAAACUUUCGAGGGCUUAAGGAAGGAGACUCGUGCAGGUCUUGAAUACGCCCUUCAAACACACAAGACUAUUGACUUCCACGUGGAUAUGAAUGCUCCUGUCAUUAUUAUACCCGAGAAUGUUACCUCCACUUCUGGUGGUCACCUCAUCGUUGACGCCGGUCAUAUUUCGAUUGAGAGUAAUCUUGUGGACAAAAAUAUUCUCAGGGAAAUACAGGCAAAAAGGGGCAGGCAAUACGACGAAGCCGAUUACAGGCGAUUGGAAUCUGUGAUGUACGACAAAGUGCUUUUACGUCUUGAUGCAGCACAGUUCGUUAUUGGGAAUGAUUUACAAUCUUGUCGAGAUGCUCUUGUGUCUGAAACGGGUGACUUCCUGCACUUGCUGGAGCCCACUAACAUUGAAUUGGAGAUUCAACACACUAUUGUUCCCAGUGCAGUCGCCCUGGCUCGCUUCAAGGUGGCCGGGAAACUUCCCAACCUUCAUAUUAAUGUUUCCGACGCAAAGUACAAGAUCCUCAUGCGUCUUAUCGAUGUUGGCAUCCCGAACCUGGAUGAUGACUCACAGGACACAACCGCUCGCGUUGAUAAAGGAUCCGUGGUGUUCCCCCCGUCCGCAAGUCUUUUCAACUCAGACCCGGAGUACAAUAUCGAGGAUUCCCAGUCUGAUGAGGAAGAUAGACCAAGCACCCAAGCAGACGUCUUAAAAGCAAGAGCUGAAAUGUUGCAGAACGAGAAAAACUCCGUGCAACAGCGUUUCCUUCAAUUGGACUUCGCUGUGGACGAGCUGCGUGCAACCAUAUUAAAGUCCUAUGGCGAUAGGUACGAAAAAGCCUUAGGAGAUCUUACUCUCCAGCGAUUUCGCUUGGCAUGCUCUUUUCUCGAGCUGAAGGUUAGGGUCGACAUCAAGCUGAGGAGUAUGGCAAUGAAUGUUGCCCACACUCAGGGAGAACCACUACAGUUGGUGUCAUCAGACCAUGCUGAAGGUCGCGGGGAUGAGGAUCUGUUGUCCAUUUCCUAUAUGCGUGUUCAACAGGCAUCUCAAGAUUUCCUCGCGGCAUACGACGACAUCGAACAGUGUGUGGACGUUUGUCUGUCCACAUUCAUAUUCAGGGCCGUACCAGAGCCUGUAAUUUCUUUUUAUGACUUCAUCAUAAGCACGUUCGUCCAACAGGACGACGACCUGCCGACUAUUCAGAUGAACCCGGAGCGAUCUGAUCACGCCGUCGACCCAGUUACAAGCGGCGCUACACGCGUCACAGUGAAUUUGGAUAGUAUACGAAUCAUGCUGAUCGACGAUGUUUCCAGUCUGGCAACCCUUAGUUUAUCGACAGCUUAUAUUUUCGUCUCGGUGGAGUCUGGCGCGAUGACCGUCACGGGCAGGCUAGGGAGCCUUGCUUUGAGUGAUGAUCGUGCCGUCGACGUCUGUCGACCGGGGUUCAAGCAAAUUCUAUCCAUUGAAGGUCAGAACUUUGCCGAGUUCCAAUAUCGAACAUACAACCCCGCCGAAGCGGACCUUGCCGGUGUGAAUUCAUCUAUCCACCUCACUACGGGCUCCCUCAGAGUCCACUUUGUCGAGCAACCGCUUCGUGACAUUUAUUUGUUUGCAGUGAAACUUGCCAAACUUAAGGUCCUCUACGACGCUGCCCGUGAUGCAGCGGUUCAGAAAGCGUCUGAAAUUGACCGUUUACAAUUCGAGGUGUCGGUUAAGACACCUAUCAUCGUCUUUCCUUGCGACUCCGCACGAGUUCCUGAUAUCUUGAUCAUGCGACUUGGCGAAAUCACUGCCCGUAACUCUUACGAAGGCUACUCGAACAAAAUCAUCGCAAGUCUCCGGGGCAUUCAGCUCGCAUCAGAGUUUCACUGGGACGGGAAGCUUUCAAGGCUGAAGAUUGUUGAUGACAUAGAUAUCUUUGCAGACGUAUUGCAGGGUACAGCCAACGACCGUCCUCUGGAAACUGUCAGUCCUGAUAUACAAGUGGCUAUCAAAGUGUCCGAUGUCAAGUUGCAUCUAACUCAGGACCAAUAUCGGAUUCUCGUUGAACUUUCGCGAUCGAUACCAAGAGUGUUUGCCUCUGAUACCAUCGCUGACAUGAACUCUACGAUGUCGCCCAGUUCUAACCAAGCCGGCGAGAGUUUGUCGAGCGAACGACCCGGUAGGGUGAAUCUGGAGCCUGAGGUUCGGAUCUCCGCCGUCGACGAAGUUCGAUCUUGGACAGUCAUCGAUUUGGUGGCAUCAGUGAAUGUGAUCAGGCUUCAUCUCUACGACACAGCGGCUAGCACCGAAGCAACCCUCGGGAAUCACGGAAUAGUCCGUCUUGCCUUGAACGAUACCACCCUCCGCUACAAGUCUAUUUCCGAUGGUGCUUUAGAGGCGCAAGUCGUAUUGAAGUCCUUUACCAUGAACGACACGAGAGCAGGGGCAUCCAAGUUUAGAGAAAUUAUCCCUGCAGCCGACCAUCACCGCAACCAGUUUAUGAUUUUGUACACGUCUUCGGGGACCUCGUCCCUUACGAUCGUGACGGUGGAUUCGCCCCGCAUUAUCUUUGCCAUCGAGCCUUUGAUCGCGCUGAUUUCCUUCUUUACCAGUGCACCACAAGCUCCGAUCGACGAUGGAGAUGCAGCCGAUGAUAAAUCUCGACUGUCUACUCCGCGUUCUGAAAAUGCAGUUCGUCUGGAGUUGCAUGAUGUUUCCAUCAGUGUUCUUGAGGAUGACUUCAAUGUUCAUUCCCAAGCUAUCAAGUUAUAUAUUAACCAGAUUCUGUUAUGUCAACAGUUCACCACGGUUUUAACCAUAAGCAAACUCGGGAUGUCCUUAAUUCAGAUGGGAGCCGAGUCUGACGCCGUGCGUUUUUUGGAUGAAGUAGAUCUCACUCUGUCACUCGAGAGCCGAUCUUCAAGUCAAGAGCAAUUACUAAAUGUUGAAAUAUCAGCCAACCCGAUCGUCUUCCGCGUAUCUUACCGUGAUAUCCUCCUUAUCACUGCAAUUGCUACGAAAGCUGCACGACUGUACGGAAAGUCCCAGGAAAAGAAGUUAGACGACAGUGGUCGAUCAUUGGAGAGCCAGUCAAUGGUAAUGCAGUUCGACGCAUCCCGAUCGCGUUCGAGCAGGGUAGUGGGCAAAGCACGUCUGAUGAUGUCUAAAGAACAGAUGAAAGCGGUUGUUAGUGGUUUCCGCCUAAUCCUGAUUGGAGACAUGCACGAACAGCCUAUGGUUGAUCUUAGCCUGAAACCCUUCGUGGUGAACUUCAAGGAUUGGUCCUCUGAGUUCAACGCUGCGAUGAUUGUGAACACCCACAUAAAUUUCUGGAAUUUGACAAAUUCACACUGGGAGCCAUUAAUCGAUCCUUGGAGAUUUACUCUAUCGGUAGCCAAAGAACAACUCUCGGACGGUUUUAAAGUCUCGCUCACCGCUCGCGAUCGUCUUGAUCUCAAUAUCAGCACCGCAUUCGUUGAGCUUGCCCUUGCUUCUAUGAAGAUGCUGGGCAAGGAAGGUGAAGGAGUCUUACAACGAGCUAGAGGGAGUUAUGCACCGUACCGCAUCCGAAAUCGCACAGGCUUCCAGCUGUUCGUAUGGUCGGACGACGGGGCCAAUGUUCCCUUGACAGAGGGUAGUGCGGUAAAAGUGUCUCACAAUGGGAGUAUUGAUUGGCGGUUUGAUGAUUGGAAGACUAUGCGAGAGCAUGUCACAGUCUAUGAGCAACACAAUAUCGGUGUACAAAUAGCUGGAAAGCCUUGGGAUGCAGUGCGAGGCAUACCUGUUGACAGAGAGGGCGAAUUCACCUUUUCCUUGCGACCUCGGGAGGAAAAGUAUACUGAUCGUCUGCUGUGCGCCAUCACGGUGGAGAACAACGUCAAGGUGGUGACUUUGCGCUCGACCUACCUGGUGGCGAAUCAAACAUUCUAUCCCUUGGAGCUCAUGCUAGUUGACACCAGCGGCCGUCCAGUAUACUCACUGGAGAAGAUUUUACCUGGCCAGGAUUAUGCAUUGCCGAUCGAAGCCGUCGCACGAAACAGAGUCAGAUUACAGCCUGAUCAAGGAUUCGGCUACAAGUGGUGUUCCUCCCUUCGCUUCGAUGACCUUCUGACGAAAAGGUCUCUGACAAUACACUGCCCACACAGUGACUCCAAGGAGGCUCCUUUCCGCUUUCAAGCUUGGGUACAAACAGAUCCGAGUGAACCUGCCACACGAAAAUCGCCUAAAAUCACACUGAAAUUGCGCGCACCUAUCGAGCUGGAGAACCUCUUACCAUAUAAUGUACAAUAUCGAAUCUUCGAUAAGCACGCGAACACGAACUGGACGAGCUAUCUCCGCAAAGGUGGCAUUAUGCCCGUGCAUUCAGUAGAAUUGGGACACCUAGUGCUCCUCAGCGUGAAGGUGGAAGAUACCAUCCUUUCGGCCAGUGAAUUUGCCAUAAUCAAUGCCGAUAGUCAGCUGGAGUUUGACAUUGAAUCACGUUUAACUGUUCGUGACCGGAAUAAUAGGGAGCUACACUUGAGACUCAAUUAUGUGCGUUAUCCCGAAUCUGGCGGUGCCUUCAGAGUUCAAAUCUACACACCUUACUUGAUUGUAAACAAGACUGGGAUGCCAUUCGGAGUGAAAGGCGUUCGUUCCAACCGUGCCAGCUCACCGAUCGAAGUGGCUGGUGACAUCCGACCGGAAAUCCUUAAGACCUCUACACCGUUUUUGUUGUCCCACCCGCAUGACAAUGGUCACGCAUUUGUCUUUCAAGUCGGGGAUUCGAUUUGGUCGAAUGUGAUAGGGCUCGAAGCCCCGGCCGCUGAUACGAGACUAGUCGUGCCAUCCUCGAAGCAGAAAAACGAGGAAUACCACGUUGGGUUGUCGUGGAUGGAAGGCCUCGGGAAAUACAAAUUAACGAAGGUCAUCACGCUUGCGCCUAGGUUCUUGCUGAAAAAUAAUUUGCCUGAGCCGUUGCAAGUCCGCGAGUACCAAGGCGUCCCUCGUGGUCGGGCCGUAAUCAACCCCGGUGAACGCAUUCCGUUACAGAUCAUGCGUGCUGGUCAAGAAAGGCUUCUCACAGUAACUCGCCCUGGACUGAAUGCACGGUGGUCCGCCCCCAUUGGUUUAGAAGACAUAGGCGUCGUGCACCUCCGCCUUCCAGUAGAUGAGAAUGGGUUGGAAAUUAUAACAGCCGACAUCAAAUUGAACGGCUCAAUCAUUUUUGUUACUUUUUCAAAAAGUGACGGGUGGCCGUUCGAGGUCGAGAACCAAUGCGACGAGACAAUUAUCAUUUGCCAAUGGGACGACAACCGCAACGAAUCCAAUUCUACCCCAGUUAAAUCCACCUUCCCUCGGUACAAAGUAGCUCCCCACUCAAGAACACCUUAUGCUUGGGAUCAACCGGCGGCGAAAGAAAAAAAGCUGAUGCUGAUGAUACAUGACACCCGUCGAAUAAUUGAUAUCAUGGAAAUCGGUGUCCUUUUGCCCUUCAAGUUCCGCGGCGACCGACAUCGCACUCGUGCUGUGUCGUUAGACGUGCGUGCAGAGGGGCAGAAGCAAGUCUUACGCAUUACGCCGUACGUCGCGGCACGCAGUAUCUUUAAGCCCAAACAUACAAAAUCCGAAUCGCUCUCACGGUCGGAUACACUAGCAAGCACAGAAGCUUUCGAAGCAGUGGCUGAAGAUCUGACUUCCAUCGUCACUGUCAUUGUUGAUCUUUCCGGGAUAGGUAUAUCACUUAUGAACCGCAAGGUAGUCGAGGUGGUUUACAUCUCACUGGAUUCUUUGGAGCUGGAAUACAAUGAGAACCCAAAUUCCCAAGCAGUCACCGUCUCAUGCGGUUCCAUUCGGAUUGACAACCAGUUACACGAGGCAGUGUAUCCUGUAAUUCUUCAGCCCACUCCUAUUGCGAAGGAGGCCCGUGGGUUGGCAGGUGCCCCUCCAACUAUUCAGGCCUCGCUUGUCUGGUUGAAAGACCAAGAGCACGGUGUUCUGUUUGUCAAGUAUUGUUCGAUUCUUUUGCAAGCUCUGACUAUCGAAGCGGACGAGGACGUCCUGUUUUCGAUAUACGAUCUUGUUCAUGCAAAGGGCAUGUCAUGGGAAGUCGAAUCUGAAGAUAUUUUGAUUCACUAUCCAGACGAAAUUCCAGAGCCUCAAAGUACGGCUUCUGGGAGAGCAGUUUAUUUCGAACUGUUGGAACUGCAGCCAAUCCAACUUACGUUGUCUUUCACACGGACAGAACGGGUUAGUAGUGAGGAAAAGCUCAGCAUAAGGAACCCGCUUGCUGUGGUUAUUAAUGCACUCACAAUGACACUUGGGAACGUCGACAAUGCACGCCUGGAGUUUAAUGCGCUCGCUAUAAAAGAUGUGCGGUUAACACCCCCAGAACUCCAAACCCGCAUAGCCUACCACUACAGACAAGACGUACUACGACAACUCUAUCGUAUAUUGGGCUCAGCUAAUUUCAUCGGGAACCCGGUUGGCUUAUUCACGAACGUCAGCUCUGGCGUUGCAGACAUUUUCUAUGCCCCGUAUCAUGGCGUAGUCAUGCACGGCAACAAGGAACUGGGCAUCGGCAUCGCCAAGGGUGCUGCGAGUUUCGUGAAGAAAACAGUUUUCGGUCUAUCUGAUAGUGUUACCAAGUUUACAAGCAGUGUAGGCAAAGGAUUAUCUGCUGCGACGUUUGACUCGGAAUAUCAGGCACAACGCAGAGUGUCCCAGCGGCGCAAUAGACCUCGCCAUGUUAUAUACGGUGUCACUGCCGGUGGUGAAGCAUUUGCAAAUAGCGUUUUCAGUGCGGUAGAAGGCAUCGUGACAAAACCAAUCCAGGGAGCUGAAACAGAGGGAGCGGUAGGGUUUUUCAAAGGCAUCGGCAAGGGAUUAGUUGGUGCUGUUACGAAGCCUGCCGUAGGCGUGUUUGACCUUGCUGCAAAUCUUUCGGAAGGUAUUCGCAACACCACCACCGUAUUUGAUAGGCCACAGCUCGAUCGGGUCCGCUUGCCGAGGCAUAUCCCACCUGACGGUGUGAUGGUACCGUAUUCCCAUCGCGAAGCUCUUGGGCAGUACUGGAUGAGAGACCUGGAAAACGGCACGUACCGCAGUGAGUCAUACAUUGCCCACAUAGAUUUACCAGGUGGCGACAUUAUCGUCCUGCUAACCACGUCAAGAGUGCUUUCGUUCACAUCGAGGAGACUACGCCUUGAUUGGGAUUUGCCCUUCUCCGAUAUCCAAGGUGUCGCAGUCGAAGACAACGGCGUACGAUUCUCUCAUAAAUCAGGCAGGAUCUAUGACAGAUUCGUUCUCAUACCCGAUCAAGAUACACUCGUCUGGUUCUUUGGACAAAUCUCUUCCGUAGUCAAAGCUUUCAACGCUCGUCGUAGAAUGGACAGUUAGGGCACUCAUGUAUAAGGACCGCAACUGCACGCACUGUGAUAUAGCAAUCCAAUCCUGUUCCAUUGCAAAUUCGGGUCAUAGUAAGCUGCAUGGAGAUGGAUAUUUGUGAC